AUGCCACUCCUCCUGUCGCUACAUUUGAAGACCGACACCGUCUUCGCCGUUAAGCCGAAUCUAGUCGUCGACUUCACACCGCUGAAGGGUGACGACAAGGCAACCUUCAAGUUGGAAUAUAACAUCGACCUCGAUCCCAAGGGCUACAAGGGCAAGUUGUAAAGAUUUGGAUGGUGAGAGGCAUUGUUACAUACGCAUAUCAUGAACUUCUAUAUACCCCACCUUCGACGUCUAGUUUUACCUCGUGUCAGAUCAGGAGUUGGAUGUUGGACCAGGGCUUUUUGGAUUGGAUUGGAUUGGGCCAGUCCCAAAGUAGUAGCAGAUCGAGAAGAGAAGGCAGAAAGAGCCGAAUUCCCAGCUGCUACGAGAACUUAAUCCCGAUCAUUGCUCUUUAGCUACUUGUUCAGGCUUUCGUUGCCAGUGCCUUCGGGGAACACCUCUCAGAGGCUGCUCAACUGCAACCUUGUGAAACUUAAACUAGGUACUUAGUUAGUUCCAAUGGCAACUGGUGUAGAGCCAA